UGUGAAAAAUGGAAAAGUUAAAACCUAAGGCAUCAGUGGCAAGAAGUGCCACAAACCUUCUUCCCUUCCUGCUGAGGGAAGAAGGUGGCAUUGACCCAAUAACCUUAGCCUGGCGUGUGUGAAGGUGACACACCUUUCCUGGCUCACACAAAGCCACCUUUGAAGUCCAAACGUGCUCUGAACCUUUCAUAAUCAUUUAUUACUUGCCGCGACCUUGUUGCGUGCAAAGGUGUGCGGACCUGAAAUGGGAGGUGAGUCAAAAGGGCAGAGGUGGAGGACGGCUACAAAAGCCGGCAAAGCACCCCGGCCUCUCCUGUGCCAGGGUUCCUCUCUGCACAGUCCACACCAUGCUGGUGGCACUGCUUCUCCCCUUCCUGUGCCUCCUGAGCCCAGCCGGCGCCGGGAAGCUGCUGGUGAUCCCCAUGGAGGGCAGCCACUGGCUCAGCAUGAGGAAAGUGCUGGUCGAGCUGAGCAAGAGAGGGCAUGAAAUCGUGGUUGUGGCACCGGACAGCACGCUCCUGAUUGAUUCCUCGGAUUUCUACAAGACGAAAACCUACCCUGUGCCGUUCAAGAAGGAGGAUAUGGAAGAACACAUACACGCCAGUGCUGCAAGAUGUUUCAGCCAAGAGCCUUUCCUGGUGAGAUUCUGGAAGGUUUUGGGAGAUUACCGGAAGAGCGGGGCCAUGUUUCAAGCUUCCUGCAAGUCCUUGCUGUACAACCAGGAGCUGAUGAAGUACAUUGGAGACAGUCACUUCGAUGUCAUAUUCACGGAUCCCGUGUCACCUUGUGGGCAGAUCAUUGCCCUGCACUUCUCCAUCCCCAGUGUUUUCUUCCUGCGGAUGGUUCCGUGUGCCAUAGACGUUCAUGCGGCUCAGAGCCCGGACCCGCCCUCCUACAUCCCACGCAUGUUCUCGGUCUACACGGACCGCAUGACGUUCUCCGAGAGGGUGAAGAACUUCCUGAUUGCCCUUUCCGAGUCCUUCAGCUGCAGUAUUGCCUAUGCUCCGUUCGAAGAGCUGGCCUCGGAGUUCCUCCAAAAGCCGGUGACAAUGACGGAGCUUUUAAGUCAUGGAUCCGUCUGGCUGAAGAGAAUCGACUUUGUCUUUGAGUAUCCCAUGCCUGUCAUGCCCAACAUGGUUUUCAUUGGAGGCAUCCACUGUGGACAGAAGAAGCCCUUAUCUCAGGUCAGUGGCUGGCUGGGAAGGGUUGUGGCAGUCACACACCUGCACGAUCCAAUGAGGUAUUUGAUAGGGAUGUAUCUCACCUCUCUCUUGGAGAGAGACUAUUUAUAA